AUGAAGAUAGAUACCAGAAAAGUUUUUCUUUGGGGAUUAUUUGAACAUGAAGAGAUUUUUUGUUCUAUUGUAGAGCUAAACAAUGAUACUCGAGAAUGGUCAAGAGGGUUUGAAAUAAUUAAAGUUGAAACCAAGAAAACUUUAAGAAAUGAUAAUUCACUUGUCCCAAUAAGCAGACAAGAACAAGCAACUUUAAGGUUUGCAAUUCUUGUUUGGGACCAGAACAUUCAUGUAAACAAUCGUCAAGAGUCCUGA